AUGUUGGUGUCGGUAGCAUGGUCGUGCUAUGUAGUUGAGCAGGCCAAGGCGCGUCGGCGAGUGAGGGGGGAGAGCAGGCUCUUGGCAGGGGAGUCAGGAGUGGAAGAGGGUGACAUAGCAGUGGAGGGGGGUGACGUGGCGAGGUGGGAAGAGGUGGCAGCACAAGCCAAGGCCAUGGAGGUGACGCUCUCUGUGCAAAAGCGCUUCACCCCAGACCCCUCGCACGCCUCCUUCUUCACCUUUGGUGCCACCGUCUCAGAGGUACACCUGUGGAUGACGGUUGAGGGGGCGUUCGUGCAGGGGGAGGGCUUCUUCACCAUGGAAGAGGUGCUGGUGGACGAAGCUAUCGGGAAGCUACUGUCAUUCGACACCGUCUCCCUCCUGCAUGGGACAACCAACAAGCAAGGCGUGCUCUCCUCCAAAUCAUCUGGCGAGCCCCCGCUGCUUCUUGCUGUCUCCAACCACUCCGCCAUCCACCACGCCAUUGCCGCUGCUCGCCACCAGUUCGCCCAUUGA